AUGGAGUUAGUGAAUAAAACCUCCCCUCUGGGUAUGGGCACUAAGGUCGUGGUUCAUCCCAUUGUUCUUCUCUCCGUUGUGGACCAUUACAACAGGUGUGCCCAGGGCACUUCCCGGAGAGUUGUUGGCACGAUUUUGGGCGAGACAAUCAGUGGAGAACUCCACAUCACAAAUUCUUACGCUAUCCCUUUCGAGGAAGACACGAAAAACCCUCUCGUUUGGUACUUUGAUCACAAUUAUCAUGAGAAUAUGUUCAAAAUGUUCAAAAAGAUUAAUGCUAAAGAGCGUGUUCUUGGUUGGUAUAGUACUGGUCCGAAGUGCAAAUUGGCUGACUUAGAAAUUCACGAAAUUUAUCGCAAAUACUGUCCACAUCCAAUCUACAUUAUUGUAGAUAUCACUCAAAAGGAUGAAUUGCCCAUUGAGGCUUACUUAUCUGUUGAGGAACCUACUAGUGACUCUCGCUUCCGCAGAACUUUUGUUCACGUUCCAUUUUCUGUUGGUUCUUUUGAUGCUGAGGAGGUUGGUUUGGAGCAUCUUCUCAGAGAUUUAACCAAUUCCACUACUUCUACACUCUCCAAAAAGGUCGAGAGUAAGAUUAGUGCUUUGAGAUCUCUGGUUUCUAAGCUUACUGAAAUGGUUGACUAUCUCGGCGGUGUUAUUUCAGGAACUUACACCCUAAAUCCAUCAAUAGUAUAUAUGUUACAGGACAUAUUUAACAUGUUUCCAGCCAUGGACGAUGAAGAACUAAUUGAGGCGUUUGCGAUUAAUAUGAACGACACGACGAUGACUUCGUACCUCGGAACCAUCAUCAGAACAAUGAUUGCACUCCACAAUCUUAUAAAUAACAUGGCCGAAAAUAAGAGAAGAUCCCAACUUAAAUUGUCAUCCACAACUUAA